GACAGGAUCUGCUCUCCGGGCAGAAGUGGUCGGGCGCGGUGCCCGUCCCAGCGGGUCUGCCGGGCACCCGGCCACUGCCCCACCCCCAGCCCCCCCGUCCGCGCCAUGGAGCCCGAGCUGGCGGCCCAGAAGCAGCCCCGGCCGCGGCGGCGAAGCCGCCGGGCCUCCGGGCUCAACGCGGGCGGCGCCGGGGGACCUUCGGCCGACACCCCCAGGCCUGAGCCGGACGGCCGUCAUUCCCUUCGGAGAGGUAGCUCCUUCACAUUUUUAACACCUGGCCCUCACUGGGACUUCACUUUGAAAAGAAAGCGGAGAGCGAAAGAUGAUGAUGUCAUAAGCCUUAACAGCCUUGAUUUAAAGGAGCCAAGCAAUAAAAGAGUUCGACCUCUCGCUCGGGUCACAUCCUUGGCAAAUUUGAUCUCUCCUGUAAGAAAUGGAGCAGUCCGGCGCUUUGGUCAAACAAUUCAGUCAUUUACCCUUCGUGGUGACAGCAGAUCCCCGGCUUCUGCCCAGAAGUUAUCAAGCAGGUCAACAGUCCCAACUCCUGCCAAACGGAGAAGCCGCGUCCUGUGGUCAGAGAUGUUAGACGUCAAUAUGAAAGAGUCUUUAACUACCAAAGAAAUCAAACGACAAGAGGCGAUAUAUGAAAUGUCCCGAGGUGAACAGGAUUUAAUUGAGGAUCUCAAACUUGCAAGGAAGGCCUACCAUGACCCUAUGUUAAAGCUGUCUAUUAUGUCAGAAGAGGAACUCACCCAUAUAUUUGGUGAUUUGGACGCUUACAUACCUCUCCACGAAGACUUACUGGCAAGAAUAGGAGAAGCAACCAAACCUGGUGGAACAGUAGAGCAAAUCGGUCCCAUUCUUGUGAACUGGUUGCCAGGCUUGAAUGCUUACAAAGGCUACUGUAGUAACCAGCUGGCAGCCAAAGCUCUUCUUGAUCAGAAGAAACAAGAUCCACGAGUCCAAGACUUCCUCCAGCGAUGUCUUGAGUCUCCUUUCAGCCGAAAACUCGAUCUUUGGAGCUUCCUAGAUAUUCCCCGAAGUCGUUUGGUCAAAUACCCUUUACUGUUAAAAGAAAUUCUUAGACACACUCCAAAAGACCACCCUGAUGUUCAGCCUCUGGAGGAAGCUAUAUUGAUAAUACAAGGAGUUCUCUCUGAUAUCAACUUGAAGAAGGGUGAAUCAGAAUGCCAGUAUUACAUUGACAAGCUGGAGUAUCUAGACGAAAAGCAGAAGGAUCCUAGAAUUGAAGCAAGCAAAGUAUUACUCUGCCACGGGGAGCUGAAGAAUAAAAGUGGACAUAAACUUUACAUAUUCCUGUUUCAAGACAUCUUGGUUUUGACUCGGCCUGUUACACGAAAUGAGCGUCACUCCUACCAGGUUUACCGGCAGCCGAUCCCUGUCCAAGAGCUGGUCUUGGAAGACCUGCAGGAUGGAGAUGUGAGGAUGGGAGGGUCCUUUCGAGGGGCUUUCAGCAACUCAGAUAAAGCUAAAAAUAUCUUUAGAGUUCGCUUCCAAGACCCCUCUCCGGGCCAGUCACACACUCUGCAGGCCAAUGACGUGUUCCACAAGCAGCAGUGGUUCAACUGCAUCCGCGCCGCCAUUGCUCCUUUCCAGCAGGCUGCUGGCCCAGCCGAGCCGCAGGGCUUGCCGGAGCUCCACGAGGAGGGCGAGGAGAACAGCCCCUCUGCUGGGAACGUCCGAGCCCAGAGAAGGGCGUCCACGGCCUCUAGUGUGACUCAGGUCCAAGUCGCUGGAGACGCUGCAGAGAGCGGCUGCCCAGUGCACACGGCAGAGGACGUGAAGAGUGCGAAAGUUCACCAAACACAGCCUGGCUUCCGAAAGGCCAGAGACAGAGCCCAGUUCAGUGGCAAACGGAAAGAGACUCUGGUAUAAAGGAAGUUCUGUGUAUUAACUGGUGGAGAGACUGUUUAUUUAUAAAUGUGUACAGUUUGUUUUUUCUUGUAAUGUGAGCAUGGGAGCACUGCAGGACUGCUUAAUACCAGUCUUAACAUUUGCUAUGUUUUUGGUUGGUUUGGGUGGUUGUUCCUUUUUUUUUUAAUGGCAGCUAAAGAUACGUGCAGAUUGCUAUUAGACUGUAGCCUUUUUUUUUUUUAAAGAUGUUUUCCCCAGAUUAUUUAGAACAUGCAAAUCUGAUCUUUUUAAUCAAAUGAAAUAUUUAUGAAAUGGAUUUUCUCCUUAUCCUGCAUUCAUCAUGAUUUUCUAGUACCAGCCAUUGUGAUAUUUACAAUAUUUGCCAAAAACCAAAGUUUUGCAAAUACUGGGAUUUUACCAGUGUUUCUCUGAUCAACUUUGUUUGCAGAAUUUGAAAUUGUAGAAUUGGCACCUAAAAUCUUCCUGCAGUAUAUGUUUAUGAUAUUUCAGAACUUACACUGAAACAUAAAACUCAUCAAGUUUUCCAUU